ACUAACUGGAUCAACUCACCUUUCUCAACAAAACAUAAUUGAAUUUUGUUUCAUCAACAAACUGUCAUAUUUUACGUGACUUGUCAAUAACCUUGUGCAAAUUAAUAGUUAUUAAAUUAUGAGCUCCCCGUCUAGAGGUACGAAGAAAAAUGCGAGGAAACAAACGAAACCGGGCCGCAUAACAAGAAAUCCGUUCCUCAACUUCAUGAGGGACUUCCGCCGCGCCCAUAAAGGAAUGAAGGCAACAGAUGUAGUCAAGCAUGGUGCCGAAUUAUGGAGAAAAAUGUCCGAUCGCCAAAAAUCGCCCUAUUGCAUCCAAGCGAAAAAUGCUAGAAAAUCGAGCAAAUCGAGGCGCAGUAGAAAGCGCAACACUCGCAAGAGAAAGAGGGGCAGCGGAGCAGAAUCGUCAGAGAGCGAAAGUUCUGAAGAGGAAAAGGAAACUAAGAAAUCCAAAAGCAGGGGAAAGAAAAGGGUCGCUAAGCGGAAGAAAAAGAGUUCGGAAGAUUCUUCAGAAGAGGAGGAUAUUAUAGAUGGAAGUUCUGAGAGCGACAGCGAUGAUGAACAGAAUGAAGCCCCGAAGAGGCUGGAUAAUCAAGGUGCCAAUCCGGUUGAAUGUCCUCAAUGAGGUUUUCCGUUUUAUCAGUCAUGUGAUGACACUUCCAAAUUUGUUCAAGGUUUACCUCACUUUAUACUUUAGUAUUAUAUAUAUAUUUUUAUAUAUGUUAUGUAUAUAUAACAUAUUUUAAUGUAUAAUAAAAAAAAA